AUGUCGAAAUGGAAAGUCGGCUCGUUUUUACAGCAAGCCGUGGCCGGUGUUGAGUCCAGGCUGGACACCAUCUUGGCCGACAGCGACAGCGAGGCUGCGCAGAAUGCAGAGAAGACUGAGAAGCCGGCAGAGAAGCAGCCUGGUCUCCGGGCGGGCGUGCUGCCUCCCAGCCUCUCUCGAAGCUCCUCCUCAGCCAGAGUCAAUGAUAGGCUCCAGGAACGGCUUGCUCGUGCAAUGGUGAAGCAGCCCGGCGCUGGAGGUGUCACCAGUCCACCAUCAUCGACCGGAGUGCCCUCGCGAACUUCGAGCCCGCUCCCCGCAGAUGGCAGCAGAACGAGUAUUGAUAGUACCACUGGGAACAUAGAAAAGGCUGCAGAUGACACGGCAUUGGAUAAGAAAUCUACCACUGGUCCAGCCCCGCGUAUGAGUAUGGAUGCUAUAGUCCAAGGGAGACAGUCAAAUGAGGUGCAGCCUGGGGAACAGGAUGUAGCAGCAUCCAAGGACGCUGAUGCCGAGGCAGACCCCUCAAAGACCUCCAACAAUAAUGCGGAUGUGAAUUCAGACCAGAUGGCCCAAUUCGAUGGUGCCGAUUCCCGGUCGAGCCGUCUCGAAGACUACGAGGAGGCUAUGGCUAAGUUGCAGGCUGACCAUGAAGCAUCGGAAUUGCGAUGGCAAGAGGAAUUACACAGCUACAUAGAAAAGAUUGAUGCCCUUCAAGCAAAGUUGAAGUAUCUAGCAAGUGAAGCAGCAGAAUCAGCCCGUAAUUCCACGGCUACUGCUGCUCCUGGCACCGUGGAGAAGAAGCUCUCCGAAAAGGAGGAGAAGAUUGCAGCUCUUAUGGAAGAAGGCCAUAAGUUGUCGAGGACCGAGCUCGAGCAUCGAUCGACUAUCAAGAAACUUCGACAAUAUAUAGCGGAAAGUACCAAGUCUCAGGCAGACCUCAAGAGGAGGAUUGACAAGAUGGAAAGGGAUUUAAACCAAGCAAACGACCGUGCCAAGCGAGCAGAAGCAGCUGAGAAACGAGCCACGGCCAGCUUAAACAAACAGUCAAGCGCAGAGGAAGACCUAGAAUCUACAAUUGCUGAGCGGAACAUCUUGAAAGCUACCGUCUCUGAUCUGAGCUAUCAGCUAUCCAGAGCAUCCGCCAGAGCCGAAGCUGCCGAGAGAAAGGCUGAAGAAGAAACUGCACAAGUAGAGAGCCGUCAGGUUACCGAGCUCAAGGAGGAAAUCUCCAGUGCAAAAGUUGAGCAUGACCUCAGUGAGGAGAAGCUCCGUCGUGAGAUUGAAGAUCUCAAGGAGAGCCUUGGCCGAGAAAAGGAGCGCUCAAGAACCCAGGAAGUUGAACUUCGGGGAGAGCAGUCCGUCUUGGAGAGUAAGAUGGAAAGCCUACGAGCUCGUGCUGAGGAAGCUUCGUCAAGUGCUACUGGUGACGCGCAAGCCAAGCUGUUACGGCAGGUAGAGACGCUACAGACACAGUAUGCUGUGGCCAGUGAUAAUUGGCAUGGAAUAGAGACCUCUUUGCUCUCUCGUCUCGCCAGCGUGGAGAAGGAAAGAGACGAUUUUGCUAAACGAGAAGGGGAUAUGCGCCGGAAAGUCCGAGAAUCGGCUCUAAAAGUCAAACGAGCUGAAGGGGACUGUGAGAACUCCCGUGAAGUUUCUCGCGAGCUUGAGCGGAAUCUCGAGGAGAGUCAACACGAGGUGAAGAAGCUGCAGGCAAAAGUCGAAAAGUUAGAAGAGGAACUGCUUGCAGCACAGCAGGACUUGUUGAAGCAGAAGGAAACACUGGACGCUACUUGGGAACAGCGGCUCGAGGAUGAAAAGUCCAAAUGGCAGGAGAGCAUUGUAGCCUCUCCAUCAGUACUUCAAGCCCGAGGAGAAUCAAUAACACCAAGUCGACGAUCAGAUGUGCUGUCAUCCCUGUCUGAAAUCCCCAAUAGCCGCAGGUCAUCCAUACUCCCUAAGCUGGACACUCCUCCUAGGCAAAACUCAUACUCUUCCUUGAACUCCAACCCGCUUCUCCGCGCAGCUACCCAUGAUACCUCGUCCCCUCUAGUUGACAAUGUCUCUGUGCAGACACUAGAGCCCGACGAAUAUUUCAGCGGUUCUAUUACCCCAGCAACGCCCUCAGUACCGGGAACCCACACUCAAAACUCUCGCGGAGCCCAUGAUGUUGUUUCUGCGUCUACAGUGGCAGCCGGCCCAUCCGUACAGUUGGUAGAGAGGAUGAGUGCCACAGUCCGUCGGCUCGAGAGCGAACGUGCAGGUUUCAAAGACGAAUUAGAACGUAUCACCUCCCAGCGAGAUGAAGCAAGACGCGAGGUCGUUGAGCUUAUGAAAGAAGUCGAGGAGAAGAGAGUUGGAGAUGACGAAGUACGAAAGCUUGAAGAACAGGUUCAAAAGCUGAAUGAGAGAUAUCAGACCACCCUUGAGAUGCUUGGUGAAAAGAGCGAGCAAGUGGAAGAGUUGAAGGCGGACAUUGCCGAUUUGAAAGAUAUAUACCGCGACACACUCCAAAAACAUCUGCAAUCAUAG